AUGGGAAUUAAGAAGACCAAACACAACCACAGUGUAGCACAUGCUUGCCAUGAGUAUACGAAAUACAGGAUAAGUGGAGAUAAUGAGCUCAUACAACAAAUUGAAGUAGAAAGUUUAAAUCUGGAGGAGUUUUAUGAAAGAUACGUCAAACCUAGAAGACCGGUUAAAUUCACAAAUUGCAUCAAGGAAAUUGAUAUUAAUGAUUUCCGCAUCGACAAUUUGGUGGGGUUAUUGGGAUACUAUGGUAAGUUGAAGGUGGAAAAGAGAUAUAAGGGAGGGUUCGGAAGCAAUCUCGAGCGAGUUAGCAUGGGAUUGGACGAAUUGGUGGAAAAGUUUGACAAAGGCGAGGCCGAUUAUUAUUUGACGACUCAGUACGAGAACGACAGUGAUUCUGACAAUUCGCACGGUAGUGACGACUCUGAUAAGGAAUUAGAGGAGGAGAUUGAGGAGGACGAAAAGGAGUGCGGAGAUAGUGAAGAGGAAGACGGAGAAGAAGUAGAGCCACUCUUUCAACAGGAGGACGGCUCGGAAUCUGAUUCCUCUUUUGGGUCCAUAGAUAUGAGCAAUUUGCAAGAUGAUUUUCAGGAAUCAGACGACGAGAUGGAAGAAGAAGAAAUACGGGAACGAAUUCGUCAAUUAUUUCAGCCUCCUUUGGCAAACAUGUACAACAAGCUACCUCACACCCCAUCCUUAUUAUCCAUGUUGAUUCCACAGCAGAUGAAUAUAUGGAUGGGCUACUCUAAACCAAGUCAGAAACCAGAGAACCUUGGUGACCUCUCUAGCAAGUAUAUCCCGGGAAAUGGAAGUUCGUCCGGUUUGCAUCAUGACCAUGCGGAUAAUCUCUACAUCUUGGUUUCUGGAUCAAAGCGAUUUACAUUAUUUUGUCCGUAUGAUGCAGAUAAGUUGUCUACUGUUGGCACCAUAUAUAAAGUUUACAAUUCAGGGGUCAUUGACUACCACAGAGACGAGAAGGCACCAACAUGGAGUCACGUCAGAGAAGAUGGUGCCAUGGUGCGGGAAGUCGCCAAAUGGCAAUUAGACCAUGAAGACGUAGAUCCAGAAGCGAAAAAGGAACUAUUGACUAUCAUCAAUAAGCAGGAAUCGAAAUUCGACCAUAAACCGAUAAAUCCCCCUAGUUUCUCUCAAAUUCCACCUGUACUAUUGCACCUCGACGAAUUGAGCGCACAUGAACGCCUGGAGCUUAUUAAUUUCAGUAACAGACACUUUCCGGGGUUUUUGGACACCCCUAGGUUGACCGUAUGGUUGAAACCCGGCGAAAUGCUAUACUUGCCUACUGGAUGGUUCCACGAAGUAUCCAGUUUUGGCAGCGACACUGUAGCCGAGAAUAAGGACAACGUCCACAUUGCUUUGAACUACUGGUUCAUACCCCCAUCCGGCGACUCAUUGUCUAGUGUCUACCAGGACUCUUAUUGGCAUGAUGAUUUCGAAAAAUGUAAAAAAGCCAUAGAUUUGGCUAUCAAAGGUUCUCUAAUUUUAGAUUAG